UGGUGGAGUAAAAUCCACAGGGACUCCUUUAGCUUCCCCUCCUUUGGGAGUUGAAAGACAACCGGGGUCAGGUUGGCUUCAUCAGCUGUUGGACUCUUUCCUUUCCUUCAUGUCCUUCCUCACUUUCAAUUUUCCCGGACAGGGGUUGCCUAGCAAUCAGAUUACUCUCGACAUGUCCGAGAAUUCUGCAGAUGACCAGUACAUUGACUGCAACCCCAAGAGAGAGGAUGAGCUGAAGAACUCAGAAAAGCUUCCCCUGCCAGAAAAAUAUGUUGAAACCUGGGAAAAGGCCAAGAGCCACUGGAACAGUCUCGGUCAAACUGUCGGCAGCUUCAAUCGUAUUUAUGGCAUUGUGAUUGUGGCCUACACAGUCGGAGACCACCUGUACCGUGAUUUCAAUACCGCUGCAAGAGAAGCUGGGAAAUCCCAGGAUUCCUACGAGCAAUAUGCCUUCAAGGACUUCCACCUCCUCCUCACCAAAGCUCUUCAGGCCAAGAAGAAGACGUCCGAUUGCUAUGAGGUCUUCCGUGGGAUAAAAAACAUCCAUUUUGCCACCUCGGACAAGGCAUACGUCCGCUUCGGACACUUUGCUUCCUCCUCAUUGGACAAAAAGGGGGCCCAAGGAUUUGGUGAGGACACCUUCUUCUCUAUCAAGACUUGUUACGGAGUGCCCAUUCAUGACUUCUCAUUCCACGAAAAGCAAAAGGAAAUUCUCAUCCCACCCUAUGAGACCUUCACCGUGACCAACUACACAAAGACCCAAAAGGGGAUCUUCAUCCGGCUGGAGUCCCUGAAGGUUUACAGCCACUUCAACUGUGAAGUCCUGAAAGAUGCAGGUCUCUCAACUGCUAUGGGGAUGCCCUUCCUUCUGUGGGGUCUCCUUCUUACCUGGACCACCCUCGGGUCUCUAGGAAACCUCUGACAACUGGGCCAUCAAGGGAGAGAGCCUCCCCUGGGAAGGAGGCCAGGUGCAACAUGCAAAAUACCUUUGCAAGAAAGUAGCUUGUUUGCCCCACUGAAAAGACGAAGCACGAGGAUUUCAGGCAACACCAAAAAAGGUGUUUAUUCAGGGAGGAUGCAGAAACCAAGGAGGAUUCUAUUGGAUAGCGGAUGAUUGUAUCAGAAAUCGACAACUCAAGCAAUAAAGGUCUUUGACGUACAACGAAAGCUUUGUUUUAUUAGACUGCAGAAAACACAGACCUUCCCCCAUUCCCCACCCUGACCCACUGUAGGUUAAAACUGCACCUUUCCCCCCUCCCAGCUUUGCUUCUUUAUGCAUGCUUUGCUGCUUUAAUUGGGGAGUUUGAAAGGCAGCCCUAUUGUUUGGUUGAUCAAAAGGCUAGUUUUGGCCACU